CGAAAAUAUCACUUGAGAUGAAACAUCAUCAUCGGAGCAGUUUUUAUUCAAAAAAUUAUCUUUGCUAAGCUGUUGUUUACGUUUUCGUCCGGAUGUGUUGUCCAAAUAAUGCCUAAAGCAAGCCACAAAAAACAAUUGACCCGAGCUGUUACGGGACUAGGUGCACUAACAUCGCCAUUGAAAUCAUCGUACACGCUACAGCUACGCUCCGUAACAUCCGGAGCAACCCGUACGUCUGCUGGUAUACAGGCUAAGCCGCGAGUUGUUUCGAAGGCAGCAUCAAGUGGAAAAGAAAACGACGAAAGUGGGAAGCAGCUUAAACUAUUCCGAUCUCAAGAGCGCAUUAAUCGCAGUUCAAGGAAAUUGCGCAAUAUAACCGAUACGUUCAAUCAACCUGUUAUUGCGGUGGCUUCGGAUAAAACUUCCAUGGAGUAUCGCAAACGCAAAUUGGAUGUUGAUAAAAACCAGAGUGUCACAGAAAAGACUCCAAACUCAUCUGUUGGCUUUACUAAUGACGACGAUAGUGAGGCCGCAGUCAUUGCCGAAAGCCAAGACAAGCUGAGAACCGUUUUGGGUGAACACUAUUUCGAUGUCGGAAAGCGGCUUAAUUUGAGCUACACUCCGGGGUGUUUGCGUAACGUAGCGCAAUGUGCCGAACUCCACGCUCGUAGGACCAGUCAAGCCCGUAGGGUCAGCAACCGUAGGCAGCGGGACGCAAAAGAGUUGCUUAUCGAAAAUCGACCCGUUCAAUUUUUGGAGUAUUUGGAACAGACGUUGCUUCGUCAGGAAUUUAUCGAUUCCACGUUAUUUGUUAAAACGCUAGAGCUGAUUGUGACCAUCAACAAACCUUCCACCCAAUUAAAUGUAGAUUACAGUACAACCUCGGUGCUUCAACAGGCCGUUGAGAUUCUGGAUCGAACCGUCGAGCAGUUUCCACCGUGUUGGUUAGACUUGAAGUCGGCCUACCAUGGUGUGAUUUUCGGACGGCUGGAAGGUGAAUGCUUCGCGAAUUACGACCUUAAUGAAGGUCUUUUUAUGGUGGUUUUAUGCCUUAUUGAGCGCUGUGUGGACCGAGAGGAUGAACAAAACAUUCCCAUUGGAUGCAAUGAACCUUCGAUGGGGAGUUUCUAUCUUUGGGAACAAGAAAACAACCAGAAGUACGAUUUUGAGUUGCUUCCGAGGGUGGAUAAGUUGGAGAGGUUGUUCCUGGUGCUGCAGGUUUUGGUUAAGAUUUUCGAAAUGGAUUUGGCCAUGUGGAUUUUAAGGCAUCCGCAUAAAACUAAAGAAAAUAUGGUCAAACCAAGUCGGCAACCUUUGAUUGCCAGUCUAUUAUGGCACGAACAUUCCACGGUAGGCGAAGUAAAUUCACUUAUUAAACGUAUUAUUACUUUGUACGUUAAUGUUAACGCUUUAAACUAUCCCGAAGAAAAUAUUGAUGCUGUUUCGCGUUUGAUUUCCAUCAUCGGAACGGCUAUCAACCUGAGCGAAAUUCAGUACGAUGGCACGAUGGAUUAUCCUUGCAUCAAAGACAACACGCGCUAUUUCGCACGACAGAUUGCGCGUCUUCAGGAGGCAUCCGAUUAUUACAGUGUGUCGCUCUGUUUGCGCACUAUUCAACAAAUGCGUUCACCACUGCUUCGGAUGAUUUUGGUUAACGAUUUUCUUUAUAGAUUGAAUCACCAACUGGAUACAUCUUCGGUAGUUUUCUUCGCAAAAGAAUUAGCGAAGGGUAGAUGGAGGAAGUGCUCUCUUGAUUUACCCAUCAGCGAUGGAAGGCAAAAAUCGGAUACUCGUUACCCAGUUUUAAGCAAAAAAUCUCAUCGAAAAGCUGCUCAUGAAAUCACCUGCAAUCAAUACGUUACCCUGCUGUUGGACGGUUUUCGCUCCUAUAUGGAAGUAUAUCCAGUUCAAAGCUAUUUCCACAGUUUAAAAAGUUCAACAAGUGCUACAAACCAUCAGGCUGUUUCACCACAAUCACCGCGCACACCAACACAUGCGGAGCUUAGAUCGAACCGUUACAACUUCGCGGCUUUAGAGAAAAACAUUUCAAAACUACAGAAAAAGAACAAACUGGACCAAACUUUUGUUCACGGUUCAGGUCAAAAGAGGGCGACAUCGAUGGUGCUAGAGGAAGUUAACGUAAGUUCAUCGGUGUUGGUUUACUACCGGGAUGAGAUCAAGCAUCUGCUGCUCAUUCAACGUUGGCUGACGCUAAAAGCCGGUUCUAGUCAGCAGGAUCAGGCGCUGUUCGAACCAUGGAAACGUUUUAUGGCGCAAAUCGAUGAAACACUCGCGUGUAAAUAAUUCGGGGUGCUAAAUUAUUUUCAAGUUUGAUAGCGAUCCAUCGCAAGAAUAAACGAGUAUUAUCGUAUGUUUUUUUUUGUA